AUGGACACGGAUGCUGAUAUUUUGCCAUCUCCAACAAACCCAACAGAGCAUUCAGAAGAUCCACAGGAGGACUUGGGACAGGAUUGGAAGUCGCAAGCUUCUAAGCAGUCCAGCGAAGCUCACGAUCAUGUGCCGCCAACUGAGACCAGGACUGCAAGUGGGCGGCUGAUCGAACGACUCGAGGAUGUCUCUGCUAGAAGGCUUCGGGCACGAGAAAUGCGCGUUGCUCUACGCUACAAGCGAGAAGAUGAGGGAAAGCAUAGAGCCGCGCUGAUGAAGAGACUCAACUCACUUCUUGCGCAAGAUCACCAGCUAGCCGACCUGAUCGAAGAGCUUCAGUCGGCUACAGAAUCUUAUUUGGACCUGGAGCAAACGUAUCAUCGGGCGGAAGACGAGCUGGAUCAAGAUGAGUAUGUGCUCAUCCAGUCUAUGCAGCGGUUCGCGAAAUCUUUACGAGAGUCGCCCUCGAAGGUGACCCCUCAGGCUGAAAGCAGCUUCUCCGAUAUCGAUGCACGCUCUUUCCGUGGUGAGCCUCUGGAAUACCCACCUGUCGUAGUGGAUUACUUGUCACGAGUAGGAGAUGCGCGGAUACUCCAAGAGCGCUUGUCGGAGCUCGAUUCACAAUGGUACACCCUUGUUGACAAACAAAGACUACGAAGCUCGCUCAAUAUCUCUUUGGAUGAGGAGUCUCUACAAUUCCUACGAUUGUACGACGCGUCAAGGGCGCAGAUCCGGAAGGAACUCAACGAGACAAUGCUGGACGUUGUCCGCCUCCGGGCUAUCUGCGAUGAACAAGGUCUCCUAACUGAAGAAUACACUGGAGACAUGGAUUUUCUGUACGGAAUGGGUCUUGAAGAUGUCGCAUCCCAAAUCGAAGAUCCUCUGAAGACGUCAGCGCUUGACGACUCUUCCCCCUUCUACGAGCCAGGGUCUGCGAAAGUCAGCAGUGCCAUGUUCAUUAAUAAGUGGCUUCUGCACCAACUCCGCCACUCAUCGGUAGAGAUCUCGCGUCUCAAAGCCGCCCCGGAACUCCAGCAUUUGUCGGAUGAAGGGUGGGAUGAUGCGAAUAUCAGUCGCUUGGCGCUGACGGUGUGGUUCUCGGACGAUACAGUCCGAAACUCGCCGCAGACUUUGUCCCAAGACGAUGACUAUGAUUACACGGGGGCUACCGAGAGAAGCAAGGCAACCAGACCUCGGCUACAGAAAAGCAAGUCCGAGCCCGGCAUCACUCCACAGAAGGGAGCCUACUGCGCCUCGCGUCUGCGCACGCUAUCUUUAUGA